GAUUCUCUCUCCAUCUAUUGAGAUUUUAUUUGUAACUACGUUCUCUUCUUCGUUGUAGCGUAAUCAGGACGACUGUACUUGGUUCCUUGCUUGAGAAUCCUCCUCUACCUUCUAGGGUCAGAUCUAGGUGGAGAUCAAGCUUGGAUGGACUUAAAUCCUUACUGAUACUGAAGAUGUCUGUAACGGAGCUGAAAGAGAGACACAUGUCGGCUGCGGAGAAUGUCAUUGCUCUCAGGAAGAAGUUGAAGCAGAAGCGUAUUCAACUCCUAGACACCGAUGUGUCUGGAUAUUCCACAUCGCAAGGUAAAACACCGGUCACUUUUGGCCCGACAGAUCUGGUCUGUUGUAGGACUUUGCAGGGACAUACCGGAAAGGUCUACUCAUUAGAUUGGACUCGUGAGAAGAAUCGGAUAGUCAGUGCAUCACAAGAUGGAAGGCUAAUAGUGUGGAAUGCUCUCACAAGCCAGAAGACACAUGCUAUAAAGUUGCCUUGUGCAUGGGUUAUGACUUGUUCCUUCUCUCCAACUGGUCAGUAUGUCGCAUGUGGCGGUCUUGAUAGUAUAUGUUCUGUCUUCAACCUAAAUUCACCUCCUGACAAGGAAGGGAAUCUCCCUGUAUCAAGAAUGCUAAGUGGGCAUAAGGGUUACGUCUCUUGUUGUCAAUUUGUUCCUGAUGAAGAUGCUCAUCUAAUUACCAGUUCUGGUGAUCAGACAUGUGUUUUAUGGGAUACAACCACUGGCCUCAGAACCUCUGUUUUUGGUGGUGAAUUUCAAUCAGGCCAUACUGCUGAUGUGCUUAGUGUUUCGAUCAGUGGAUCAAAUUCAAGAAUGUUCAUAUCUGGUUCAUGUGACUCAACAGCUAGAUUGUGGGAUACACGUGUUGCUAGUCGAUCGGUGCGUACAUUCCAUGGACAUGAUGGUGACGUCAACACUGUGAAGUUUUUUCCCGAUGGAAAUAGAUUUGGAACAGGAUCAGAUGAUGGUACUUGCAGACUCUUCGACAUCCGAACUGGGCACCAGCUUCAAGUCUACAGUCAACAACGAAAUGAUAAUGAUAAGUCUCAUGUGACAUCAAUUGCAUUUUCCUUGUCAGGAAGACUUCUCUUUGCUGGGUAUACAAAUGGUGACUGCUAUGUCUGGGACACUUUAUUGGCUAAGGUGGUCUUGAACUUGGGGUCUCUCCAUAACUCACAUGAGGGUAGGAUUAGCUGUUUAGGCUUGUCAGCUGAUGGAAGUGCCUUAUGUACAGGAAGCUGGGACACAAAUCUGAAGAUCUGGGCCUUUGGGGGGCAUAGGCGAGUCGUUAUGUAAGAGGGGAACGGUUUAGAGAAACACAUUACUAAGUUAGAAAUGUUAAUGACCAUUUCUGUAUCAAAUUGUAAACUGUCAAAUUGUAAUGACCAUUUCCAGUUAGUUUCCUGAAAUAAAAAGCCUAUAUAUAGAAGGAGAUGGUGAAUUGACAAUGGGAACUAACUAGCUCUCUCUAAAUCCCUAAACCAAAACGAGGUAUUCUAUCUCCACUCAACUCCUUGAAUCGAGUUACGCUCCUUUCUUUCUCGGGUUUAAUUCAGCUUAUUUCCUUAAUUUUCGUUUGAUAGCAUAUAGCUUAUUUGUAUAGCUUUCGCUGAGUGUAUUUAAUGUUUCGUAUUGGCUCAACUUGUUUUGAGUUUCUCUUUUCAUCUUAUCCGUUGAAUGAAGCCUGUUCAUUCAAACUUGUGAAUCAAAUAGAGCACUCUGUCAUGGACCAAGUUGCCAAGGCCAUCCACUCUAAUAAUUCAUUUCAAUUUCACUUUC